ACAGAAAAAUAAUUUUCAUCUCUGACUCAAUUUAAUUUUCAUCUGAAAACUUUGGCGCUUCCAGAAAUACCAAACCCUUCGCCUCUCUCCCUCACUCCCCUGCCUGCAACAUCAUGGCUUCGCUGAUCGGACCCAAAUCUCCUCAAAUUUCAUCUCCGUCGCCAUUUGCUUCGUCGACUACGGCUUUCUUGUCUCGGCCGUUGUCUACGAAGCCCGCGGCAAGGUCCGGAAAGUAUCCGCGUUCGUCGUCAGAGGCGUCAGUGAGAUUUCAGAUUGAUGGAAGGCCGGCGUCUCCCGGCCGUUCGAUUUCGGUUCAGAAGAAUCGCGAGAGAAAUGCGAAUGCGGUGUCGUCGAAUAAGAAGAAAUGGUGCAUGUGUUCUCCGUCUACUCAUCCAGGCUCUUUCAGGUGUUCGCUGCACAAGAAGAAUUCGAGGCACUCUGUUAAUGUCGUGAAUCGCAGCGAGUUCUCGAACGGAUCGUUGAAUUUCCGUAGAUCGGCAAUGGCGAAUUCGAUUGUGAGAAUUGGAGGCGUGGAAGGUACUGAUCUCGUGAAAACAGCUUUAGCGGCUUUGGUUAGACCUUCUUCGCAUCAGGUGCGGCGGCGAUCAGCGUUUCAACCUAGGCCUAGCCGUCUAUCAGUCAUGUCAAAAGCAGAGGAGGAGAAGGAGGAGGAGUAGCGACACAUUUUCCAGCCCUAAUCAUUCUCUUUUUUUUUUCUUUUUUUUUCUGGACGU